CCGUACUUCUUAUAGCAUUCUGUACAACGACCGCGAACUGUCUUUUCUCCAACUACAUUCUUCUUCAGAUAGUGCUUCACAUUUACUGUAGCUCUUCUUGGCGUCGAAGUCGAUGGUCCGGGUUCUGUUGCACGGGAUUGAGAAUGUCUGUCAAGUAGUCCUGUGAUAACCUGCUCGCGAAAUUCCGUGAUUGUCAGUUUUUUGUUGAUGGAAUAUUUGUUAUAAAGAAAAUGGGCAUUCACUAGGCUUGUUCCCCAUAAUACCUCAAUAAACAGCUUACGAUACCAUUUAGUACAACGCCUCAAAGCACUGCCAUAUGUGGCCAUUUGAUCACUAAUAUCUAUCGACGUUUUGCCACUGUUGUAGUCGUUGAUGAUGACAGGUUUGAUUAUAGGUGUCCUUUUUCUAGUUUGAGUGACCACUGUCCGGAGACCAGAUGUUUUUGUUGAGAGCAUUCUCACAUCCCGUUUAUCGUGCCAUUUUAAGACUACAAUUCCAUCUUUGGUUUGCUUACAGCUCAUUUCUCCUCGUUUUAGCUUUGCAGCAAUGACAUCUUUUGGUAGAUGUUUUCGAUUGGAUCUGAGAGUACCAACAAGGUGUGUUUUACGGCGUCGUAAUCUGUAUGCCAGAUGCUUGUAUAAUAAUUGUCAGUGUAUAUAGUUCGUCCUUGGUCAAGAAGGCCUUGUGCAAGGGUCAUCACUGUUUUUUCAGAAACAUCGACAUCUUUUCUUUCGAUUUUCCGCAGUAUACGUACAGAUUCCAGGUGUAACCCUUUUCUGUGCAGAGUUUGAAUAUUUUGAUGCCGUAUUUGGCGGCUUUAUUGGGAAUGUAUUGGCGAAAUAUCAGUCUCCCACGCCAAGGGAUAAGCGACUCGUCGACGUAUAUGUCUUUGCCUGGAGUAUACAUUUUUUUAUAAUUCUCAAUAAAUUUAUCGAGCACAACUCUAAGGCUGGCCAUACACGGACAGCUUGAGCAGUUUGCCAGUGACCAACAUACACGAACUGCUCGAGCAGUCAAAUUCAACUGCUUCAAGCUGCCAUUGAUAACUGCUUGCAGCAGUUGUUAUCAACUGCUCGACAAGUCCAUUCAAAUCAGUAGCGACAUGGAUUUUGAGGAGGAAGCACUUCUGCUGCUUUUGCUCAUACGACGACGACGCCGGCGUAAAAAUAGAAAAUUGUGGGUUCAUACAAUAUUAGAAACACGAAAUUAUAAUGGAGAAUUUAACCACUUGUUUUUGGAACUAAGACAUGACGAAGAAAAGUUUUUUAAUUAUUUUAGGAUGUCAAUCACAUCUUUUGACGAAUUGUGUAAUAUACUCAAGGAAAAAAUUAAACGUGAAGAUACUAUUAUGAGGAAAAGUAUUCCACCAGAAGAAAGGCUAGCUGUAACACUAAGGUACUUAGCCACUGGACAAACAUUUAUGGAUUUGCAAUACAGUUUUAGAAUUGCAGCUACUACAAUUGGCGGUAUAGUGAAAGAUGUAUGUAAAAAUAUAUGGAUGUAUAUGAAAGAUAUGUGCAUAGCACCAUUAACUGAAGAUAGAUGGAAAGAAAUAAUAAAUGGGUUUAUGAAAACUGCAAAGUUUCCGAACUGCCUUGGUGCAGUGGACGGCAAACAUAUAAGAAUAAUAAAACCCGCACAAGGUGGAUCGGCAUAUUAAAAUUACAAAAAUUAUUUUUCGAUAAUACUAAUGGCCGUGUGUGACAGUAAUUACAUGUAUACUUUCGUGGAUGUAGGUUCAUAUGGAAGGCAUUCAGAUUCGACUAUUUUCGAAGAAAGUACUUUUUACAAAAGGUUACUGGAAAAGAAAUUGAAUAAUUAGUUGAGUACUUUGGCCUCCUCAUAAGUGAGAUUGCGGCAAAAACAAUACAUCAAUUUGUAAAUCAUGUCAAUAGGUAAUCUCGCUUGCACAAACCAAGUGCCAGUUGCACGACACACGGUAUUUCUCCGGCAAUUGCUUAUUCGACAGCGGAAUGCACCCAAAGCUCCAACGCUUCUGUCGAUGUACAUUUUUUUCUAGUGGUAGUAACAGUCCAUCUCUGUCCUUAUAAGACCACGUUCCUCAGCAACUGUAUACAAAGCUCCACAGUACUAUAAGCAAGGAUGAUUUUCCACCAACUCCAUAUCUUCUUUACCUCUUCCACAUACAUGUGUUUGCGUCUGCAAGAAAAAGAAAAUGUUGCGUCUUAUACAUGUCUAUAUCUUUUAAGAACAAAUAUUUUCAUUCAUCCACCUUCUGCCUGACUAAAAACUUAAAACAAAUUAUCAAAUAAACUAUGAAAUUAGCCAACAUAAUCAUGUCAACUGCUUGAAAUAUAAUGAACUCCUUUGCCAAUGCGCUUCUGUGACAAUUCCAGUUCAGCUGCUUCUCUGAGGGCUUGAUUGCAGCGCCUCAACUCCUCGGCUGCCUUUAAAUUUAUUUCAGCUGCUUCUCUCUCCAGUUUACUUUUCACAUAUUGUUAUUCUGUGGCUUUUAACAGUAAUUUCUCUUCAGCAAUUUGCAGCUGAUGUAUUUCGUCUUCCCUUUUUUUCUUUGUACAAUAAAUGUUUUCCCGAAGGUGGAAUUCUGUAUGGAUUACCUGUGUACGUAUGUUUGUGUGUUGAGCUGCAACUGGUUGGUUGGUUCCGUAGACUGGAGGUAAUUCUUGUCGUGGUGUGGACAUGUGUUGUGAAGGAGGUGGUUCUGUGAAGUCACUAUCUAUUGAGAAUGGUAUCUCUACUUCUGUUGUGUCGCGAGCGCGUCAUCCAUGCCUGCAUCCUGGGAGGAACUAGGGCCGUCGUAAGGACCACCGGUCCUUAUCCUUUGUUUUCUUUCUUCACAUAAGAUUUUCUUACGCUUGGUUUUUAAAUUGCCCCAACACUUUUUCAACUGGGCUUCAGUUCUCUGAAACAAAUGAAACAUGAAGCAGUCAGAUAAUGGUGGUAGUGGAGUGAAGUGAAGAGAGUGAGUGUGAAGUUCGAUGAUAAUUAUGUGAGAGUGUCAGGUCACAGAGUACGCGUCGGGCAUUGCUUAUACUCUUAAUUAUUUUUAUAUUACCAUUGCCUUCUUUCAGCAAGGAGUCUAAGGCUAUUCCGAUGCAGGCGGUGGCUUGCCAUAGGGUGUUUUGUUGAGCAAUUAAGGCUUUGUCUCGCUUAAAUACAGGGUCUGACACUGCUGCUUUUAUUUCCCGAUUUAGUCCAGGAGCCUCCAGGAAAUGGCAAUUUUCCGGUAUGGAUAAGUUUUUAAUUAUGUCAUUUUUAGUUUCCUUAUUUAAGCCCUCUCUGGUUAUAUGACCCCAGCGGGACGCUAUGUCUUCAUGAAGACUAUUGCCAUACUUGUUAGUUUUGGCAGAGUCUUCCCCCAAAACUUCAUCCAGUAACUCACAAGGCACUGAUAUUUUGAUUGAUUCUUUGUGUAAUUACGGAACAAUUUAGCAACAAAGCUAGGUCUUAAAAACGUUCCUCUUUCCCGAGAUUAGGGGUAAGAGGAACGCCGAUACUUUUAAGUAAUAAAUAAUGUUUUUAAGUGUUUAUUAUAGCAUAUUUGAAAAAUAAUAAUGAGUUAAAGGAAUUGAACCUAACAUCGUUUAAAAUAACGUCUUUAUUGAGAUGACAGCAAACAAAAUCGUAAUUUGGGGUAAGAGGAACAUAUAGGUAAGGUUGGGUGCUAAACUUUUUGUGCUAUUAACUAAAUGAAUAUAAAUCUAAAAACAGAUAAGGUAUUAAUAAAUUUCUUUAAUUAUCAUUAAAAAAACAACUCAAAGGAAACAAAUCAUAAACUUCUAACACUUUUGUAAUUUUAUCACUUUGGUCUAUACGCGUAAUAACAAGCAACAAUGUAUCACAACUAAAAUACUGUUACAAACAAUAACAUUCGUAGUGAAAUGUAAACUAUACUUAACGAAUUUCAAAAUAAGUCUCUUUUACUUUACAUUCAGUCUUGGCGAAUAGUAAAGAACUUCUAUCGGUCUUUCUUACGUAGGCUCGAGGCAUUUUGCUUUUUCUGUAACAAAUAAAAAGAUAAGCAAAUCAUGGCUAUUUACGAAACGUGUUAUAUUUUAGCGGAUUUUAAAAAUGUUUGUUACCCCUGGAACCGGGAAAGAGGAACAUAUGUUUCUCUUAACCUGGUAAAGCCGUUCCUCUUUCCCACCUUGCCAUUUUGAAGGUAAUGUUUUUAAUGACAUCGAAAAAGCACUAAAAACACACGUUACAAACAAUGUAAUAGGUAGAAAAUAUAGAUUAAACGUAACAGUUACAAUUACCAUAGCAAUCAACCGCAACAACAACCGUUUUUGAUAUUAAAAUAACUUAAACUAGGAACGCGCAAGGUA